GGAGUCUCUUGUUGCACUCAAGGACGCGCAGAUGCUUUGCAUCACAAUCCACAAUUCGACCGUCACGGUGGAUAAAUUCAGGUGGUAAUUUUCACAUCUCUUUUCUCUCUAUGCAUCUGAUUAGAGAUAGUGAGUGGUGCAGUGCUUUUCAAGUGAUUGGAAAUAUUUCAGAAAUUUCCUCUGUGAUUAGGCUUCUGUGCGAGGUGUCAUUAACCCCUUAUUGCCAAUUGGUUUAUCUCAAGUGUUUAUCAAUUGAUUACCUUCAUUUUGGAUGCAAUUGAAAGGUCUGAAAUCACCUGUCCAGGGAAAGAAUAAAUCACGAAGGUCAGAUGCAAUAAAAAGUGCUACGGUGAGCAGUUGGUACUACUGCAAAUUGUGCAGCAAGAGACAAAUUAAUCAGCAUUUCUUGCAUUUCUUGGUGAAACUUGUGAAAAAUUCUCAUAAAUCCGUCAUAAAAGGCUAUGUACGUGAGUGUGCUGAAAAGAUCUUGAGUGGAACAUUAACAUUUGGGUGAAGUCGCACUAAAUAUUUUGGAAUUCAUGUUGGAGUAGUGACUUUUCGCACUUUUCCCACUCCAUCAGGGACAUAUGGCACAAUUGUCGAGGUUUAGUAUCAGGUGAAAUAUAUAGGAGAGGUGGGAUAAAAAAAAAUCGUGGCUUAUCGUGGAAGUGUUGGGGGGCAUAAAUCGCGCUUUUGCACUCAAUUCCCGCGCGCGCAAAUGCUCACCGUGUGAAUCCGGACAGUUGGUUCGUUCGAUUUUGUGGUUGAGUCUUGAGUUUAGUCUCCGAGAAUCAGUUGGCUCGUAUCGCGACUUCGCCAUCGAUGAGGUGUGCUCGCACCGUUAUAAAAUUGCACAGAAUCAUCAUUACACGUCGUUAAAUAUCUGUGAUUUGCCUUCUUGCUAAACAGGAAAGUGUCUUUCUUUUAUUUAAUGUAGAACCCCAGGUAAUCCCUACCCAAUUAGUGCAAGAGAUUUUUUUUUUUUGCAAAUACUUAGUGCAGUGUUGGCAAAUCUUACAAACUCUCCUCAACCUCAAGAGAAUUCUCUCUUGGCGAGUGAUCACAGUGCAUGGAUGAUUUUCAAGAAAGUUUUAUAUAUAGUGUAAGUGUAUAUAGUUAAGUAUUUCCACGUGGAAUUGAGUGCAUUUCACCUGAACGCUAGCCUCCUCCUUCGGGAGUUCCAAGAAGGGGCCCCAGCAGCAAAAAAGAGACUCAACUCUUCUCUCUUUCUCGGAUGGAGCAAUAGGGAAUUUUUCCACUUUGGAUCUUCAGUUAAUACAGUGGUGAACAUCUUUGGAUUGAGAUGGAGUCUUCACGAUCGAAAGUCACCCAGUCUUCGAUGUCUUCGGUUAAUGGAAAGAGUGGUGGAGCAACAGUGUACAUCUCCCCCUCUCCAUCAUUGCUCCUCCAGCGAACGCAACGCGUCUACUCAAGUGCACUGACCGCAUCGACAGCAGCGACAUCGCUACCUGGGGAACAUCAUCAGUUGCCGAAGAAGAGCCACGUUGUAAAGAUUCAAAUCCCGCGCAUCGAGCAUCAAUCGGCCCCGAGAGUCGAUGGUGCUCAGACGUCCACAAAAACCUCAACGAGAGUAUCAAUUGUGCCAAUUGUCGUAGAUCGUGUGCCCAAUAAAUUGCCCAAGGAAUCCCAUACACCCUUUCAGCAGCACGUGGAACAGCCAAAAAUUGCUGAGAUGGUGCAGAAGCACGAGAGCCCAGAUUUGGAUGUUGUGAGCAACUCCUCAUACCUGUACUACAUCCCUAAUACCAUGAGGAGCAGUGGUCAGUGCUCACCCGAUACCCUGGACAGUGGCACGUGUAGCGAUAUGGAGGCUACACCACCACCCUUGCCCAAGAAAAUGUCCAAGAUCCCUGCACCAGCAGGCAGCAGUGGAUCUGUGUCGCCGGUCCAGCAGCAAGGUACCAGCACACCAUCCGGAAGUCCUCAACCACCCGUGAAUGGUGGUACGCGUCACGUGCGAAAUGGCAGUGUCACGGACAGUGAAGAAAGUGAAUCGAGUUUAAGUUGUGAUUCCCUGAAUUGUGCCGAAGUGUUAGGUGACAAGAGUGAAUCGGGUAAAAUGCUCCUGCCCGACUCGCUCCUCAAGGAUAUCCGGAAGCGUUCGGCAGAGCAGGAUAGUGUAAAGAUGGUGGAUUUCACGAUAGAUACAAUGCAGCGCGAUGAUCUUGAGGAUGAAAAGGACCUCGAUCCCAUCUACGACACCGACAGAUUCUACAAAUUCUACAUCAAUGAAUAUGUCCAGGAUCCCGUGACACAGGGCGAACCCAAAAUUGUGGAUACAGAUGAAAGUUUUGCCGGCUACAGAGACAUCCACAGUGGUACAUCGACUAUUCGCAGUUCCAAAGGCACAAUACGAGGUGUUAAAAAUCGCGUGAGGAAUGGCAUUGUCACUUUCCAACAAAUGCAGUCGAAUCUGAAGAACUACAAAGAGAAAGAUGCCGGGAAGGUGGUCCUGUACACAACCAGCAUGGGAAUUGUUCGGGAAACAUAUGCCAAGUGUAAUUGCUUGAAACAAAUUCUGCGGACGCUUUUGGUUAAAUUUGAGGAGCGAGAUGUCUUUAUGAGCACCGAAUAUCAGCAGGAGAUCAAAGAUCGAAUGCAAUGUGAUAAUAUUGAUGUUCCACAGCUGUUUGUCGACGGUCAACAUAUUGGGAAUGCAGAAACCGUUGAACGACUGAAUGAAGAAGGUGAACUGAGGAAAAUGCUGAAAGCCUAUAAGUGCCUGGAUCCUUGCUACACCUGCAAAAUGUGCGGCGGCUACAGAUUGCUCCCAUGUCCUUCCUGCAACGGCUCCAAGAAAUCCGUUCACCGGAAUCACUUCACGGCAGAAUUUGUGUCACUGAAAUGCAUGAAUUGCGACUCAUCCGGCUUAAUCUUCUGCAAUUUCUGCAAAAGCACUUGACACACUGAUGCAGCUGAUCAGAUAUCGAUGAUGGUGGCAAGCCCAUGAUCACCGUGUACGAUUGAUGUAACUGCGUUUGAUGACAAAAAGAAGUAAAAGUAUAAAAUAUGAGAGGAAAUGAGAAAAAAAACCAUUAUAUGUGUAAAUAAAAUUUAAGUCUCCUAAAUUGUGGUUAAUUAAGUAGAAAAUACGGUAGGUUGAAAGAAAGAUGCAUUAGUUGUGUCUCUAGUUCACUGAAUUAUUUUAUUAGCAACAUGUAAGUUAAAUGCAGCUUAAUAAAUUCAGUAAAAUUAUAUUAACCAAAAAAAAAA